AUCAAUUUACCACUUGAUAUUUUAUGUUUAUAAACCGUAGAUGGUUGGAACAAAACUCAUAUGAACAAGGAACUGAGGUACAGGAUUGAGGAGAACAAGAUUAUAAUAUAUUGACUAUAGACAAGUACAACUCAUAAUGGCUAACCAGUACAAAGGAUGUUGUGUGUCCAUAGACUGCAAUGAUGGUUCUGUCGUGCAAGGAGAAGUAAAUGGUAUGACAGAUGACAAUGAAACUUUAAUAUUAAAACGUGCGUUCAAAAACGGCAUACCUUGUACAAAUCCAGAAAUAUACAUCAAAAAUACAACAAUUAAAAACCUAAAGAUAAUUAAAGUGCAAAUAGAAAACGAACAAGAUCUUAGUAAUCAAAUAUCCUGUGACGAUAAGAAGAGUGUAUCAAUGUUGAAACAAAAUUCUAAACAAAAAAAUAAGUCAAAAAAUGUUUCAAAUUCUGUUGUUGAACAACAACCUCAAAAUUUUAAUCACAAAGAACGUAAUGAUGCUUGUUUUGGAGUGUCACUUGAUAAUAUUUUAAAAGAAGACUUCGAUUUUGAAAAAAACUUAGCAUUAUUUAACAAAAAAGCAUUUUAUAAUAAAAUACAUAAAAAACCAGAUCUUGUGCCUCACGAAAAAGUUUCUAAUAAUAAAUACAAACACAACGAAAAUGUAUUGCAUUCUACUCCAGUAAAAUUUAGACAGGUUACAGUUCCAUCACCAGCUGUGAAUGAAUAUAUUACGGAUGAUGGAUUAGUUGUUCCUAGUAUUACAUCAGAACUACGAUGGAAGUUAUUUAAUUUAGUAGAAGAAAAUGGUUUGACAUCAGGCAGGCAAAAUGAGAUAAUUGGACGGGCUGCUACUGAAAUGGUUCUUCAACUUUUGGGUGGAAGUCACCGAUUUAAUCCCCGAAAUGAACAUCAGUGGCCUCGAGUUGUUGUACUAUGUGGACCCAAUCGAUCUGGUGCAAUGGGUGUAAAUUGUGCUAGACAAUUAAGUAGCUAUGGCGUACAUACAGUAGUUGUUCUUUCUGAACCUGGUUUAUAUACACCACAGCUAGCUAAUGAAAUGUCAUUGUAUCAGUUUACAACUGGCAGAUUAAUUACCAGUGCAGCAGAAUUACACGGUUUAUUGGAUCCAGAUUUCGUAGUCGUAUCUCUUGCUGACGAACAAACUGACACUGUGUCACACAAUAUUGCAAACUGGGCAAAAUCUGUACGAGCCCCACUGAUGGCCAUUGAUCCUCCUUCUGAUGGUACUCCAUUGGUUGCUGUAAAAUAUUCUCUAGUUCCCGCUUUACCAUUGUCUUAUAGCGAGUCCAAUGGUAAAAUCUAUCUCUGCAAUAUGGCUAUACCUACACAGGUGUUCCAUUUCGCUGGAAUUCAAUAUAAAUCUCCCUUUGGAUCAAAAUCUGUAAUACCCUUGCAUAUUAAUUAGUGAUUUAUAUAAUAUAAUAUUUAUUCCUGACGAAUCCUAUCAGAUGAUUUUUAGCGUAAGAAAUUAUAUUUUUUGUAUCCAAUUUUUUUAUACGUGUAAUUAGAAAUUUGAAUAAAAUAUUCUGUAUGAAUGUAAACAAACCAUAUAUUAUAUGUUUAUUUUUUACGUGGCUCUAAAUGCAUGUUAUUGAUAUGUCAAUAUUUAGUUUUACUCCUAUCAUUUUUUUUUAUGUUUUGGUUAUGAAAUUAAAAUUUUUGCAGAAUAAUUAUUAUUUCUGUCAAAUACAUGUAAUAGUAUAGUAUAAUUAAUAUCUAGAUUAAAUUAUUUUUUUUUAAAUAUGUUAAUUAUUAUUUAUUAGUGAUAUAAAAUCAAUUUCAUUAUUUUUUUCAAUUGUGAGUAUAUUAUAUUAAAAGUUAUAUACAAUUGCUUGACCAUGGUGUUAAUUUUUUUAUUUGUAGUUUGUGUUA